AUGGCUUUUGCCAUGGCUCAGCUAGAAUUGUCGACCUCAGAGGACAAGCCUUCUGAAACGGACGCCCUGCAGCCUGGCUGCAACAUUGUGACCACAGAUUAUACACUGUACAGUAGCACAACCCUGGUGGCUCUCUCCACAGGGCAAGGGGUGAACCUCUUCAUGCUUGACUUGGCUCUUGGUGAAUUUGUACUGGUGGAAAAAGAUGUCAAGAUUAGUAAGAAAGGAAAGAUUUAUAGCCUGAAUGAGGGCAAUGCUAAGUAUUUUGACAGGGCCGCCACUGAAUAUGUGCAGAAAAAGAAAUUCCCUGAGGAGGGAUCCUCACCGAGCUGGGGUGUCCCAACAUCAUGGAGUUGCGAGCAGACAGCACGGGUUUCUUCCUUGAGGGGAGCCCGAAGCCCACAGCAGGCGCGCACUGGGCAGCUGAGCGCUUGUGACGUCCCAUUGGGGCUGGUGACAGAACCAGGGCGCGCCGAAGCGCGCGGGAGCACCCCCGCCCUACGGCGCCUACCGGAGGGGUCAAAGGGCAAAAGAGAGAGCCCCACCCCCACCACGCCCGCCUUCGCCGGGCCCAGCAGGACUCUCUAA